CCUUUGCCAUAGUAGGACGCGCAAUUUCGUUACCAGCGCAGUGUUAGAAGAGAUACGAGGGCUACUUACUCUUUGUUUAGCAAUAAUUGAAUGGACAGAAAUCAUACUGUUUUAUAUAACGGUUCCUUUAAAAAAUGUUAUUUUAAUCAGUAUUGUUUGAAGUCAGUCUGUAAGGACAUGGAUGAGAGAAGCCCGGAAAUUCAGAAGAGCCGGGGCUGGUCAGUUGAUUAUAUCGUUCAAUGGCAUUCACAAACCUGUAAGUUACCAUGAGCAAUAAACAGCCAACGGAAAUUUGUUGACAUGUUAUUCUGUAUUAAACAGCUGAAAGAAACACAUACGAGCUGUAUUCGGUUGUGAAAGUUUUGGAGGCUCGUGCUAAUAGCGCCGCAGUCAGGCAUGUGCGGAGAGGACCGUGCGGAAAAUGUGGCUUGGACGUGAGCUACGUGCGCACCCGCGGGUAGACGACAUGACAUGGAGAUGUUGGAAAACACGGACCUUAUAAAAACACACAAAACCGAGAGUAUCCAUUCAGCCCAAAAGCGAGUGCCGAACGGCUGUCCCGAGUCUCACGCGGUGACUAAAAUGGGUCUUAACACGACCACGCCGGGUCACACGUCCAGAUCGGUUCUGAAGGAAUCGAAAACCGGUUUGCAGUUGUGUAAUGGAGAAGGAUUAGGUUCUUCAUCCACUACUGCUGAAGGAACUUAUUGCAAUGGCCCACAUUCAAACGGACUGGUGGAGACCCCAAAGGUCGGUCUCACAACUCAACCCGACUGCACCGGACAUCCAGAAAGGUCUCUAAAGAGACCUUGUGGAGAUGUGAGGUCAAGACAGGUCCAGCAUCAGAAGAGAAAAGACUCAGGGUUAGGUGGUAGUCAUGAAGUGGGUUCUAGUGGUACUUCGGACACGUCCCAUGGACUGGACACAGCGCUCGAAUGCAAACGGAGGAGACUAGAAAUGGACCCCAAAACAGACAACGGCAAAAAUACACCGAUUAUUUCUCCCCUUGUUUCCAAUCACCAACAUAAAAACUGCACUUCUAAUUCGGUGUAUCAUAACGGACACAAAGUGUCACCCACAAAGCAUGCGUCACCCAGGCAGGAGAAGCAGGUCGAGGUGCAGUCCGCUCCAUCUGGGGUGACCACCAGUGCCGGAUGGUCUCCAGAACACAUGGCUCAGCACUAUAUAGUGCCCUGUAUGAAAUUUUACGGCAUUUGCGUCAGAGAUGGUUUCUUGGGCGCUCGAAUGGGGGAUAAGGUUCUGGAGGAAGUGGAGAUUUUAAACCGCAGUGGGAAGUUUCGAGGCGGGCAACUGGUGAGCCAAAAAAACAUACCCUCUAGGAACAUCCGUGGAGACCAGAUAGCCUGGGUUGAAGGCAACGAGCCGGGGUGCGAAAACAUCGGCUGCCUCAUGGCUCACGUCGAUGAGGCCAUAAUGCGCAGUGCAGCCAAUGGACAGCUGGGUGAUUAUGUCAUAAACGGGCGCACUAAGGCCAUGGUGGCGUGUUAUCCUGGUAAUGGAGCUGGAUAUGUAAGACAUGUGGACAAUCCCAAUGGCGACGGACGUUGCAUAACCUGCAUCUACUAUCUGAACAAAGACUGGGAUGCGAAGGUACAUGGAGGUUUAUUGCAACUCUUCCCAGAGGGUCGUAACGUUGUCGCUAACAUCGAGCCUCUGUUUGACCGGCUGCUUAUUUUCUGGUCGGAUCGGCGAAACCCACAUGAGGUCAAACCAGCUUUUGCCACACGCUACGCUAUCACCGUUUGGUACUUUGAUGCAAAAGAACGAGCAGAAGCUAAAGAGAAAUACAGACUGGCUACAGGACAGAAAGGAGUUAAGGUGCCCGUCACCCAGAGCAAUGUGACCUGAAUUACAGCCAACCGAGAUGAACUCUACUGGAGCCCGCUCUCGUGUACAAUAACACACCCCGCUGCCCGAUUGGCCGAGGAGAUGCAGGAGGCCGAUCCAACAUGGAUCUGUUCGUGGCUUCAAAACUGCCAAUCACACUGAGUGUACAAAAAAUAGACCACUAACAUAAGUGUCAGUCCAAAAUGGUGGUCAUAGCUCUGAAAGGCCGAUCGAAACUUUUCUCCUCCUGUGGAACAUCAGCGACAUGGAAAUGGACCUGGAUGUACUGAUUAUAUUUCUAAUACGAAUUCAAAUCUGUAAGCCCACCAGUUGCUUUCUACAAGCGUACAUCCCUGUGUAUACGUGGGUUUGAGCUUUCAGGUGGCCUUUGCCCAUCGUUCGAACAGGAAGUGAGUAGGUGAGAUCAGCAGACCCGACGUGUUACUUCCUGUUCAACCUGUUCAUGAAUUUGUUGCCAGCUUAACGCUGAGUUUAGCUACAGCAUUGACAGAAAUAACAUUGUACAGCAAUGCUUGUAAGUCUUGGCUUGUAAGGCUCGGGCGCUGGGGAUUUAACUUAAAAAUAAAUGGCGCCUUUUUAUAAUGUUGUAUUUGCUUUGCUUAUGCAAAUUUGGUAAUGCCACAACCCCCGCUCACAAAAAUAUGGAACCCAAUAUGCACGCCACAAUUCCUAAUACUGAAGUUUGUGUUGGAUGACGCAGAUCAUAGCUAUUUAUCCAUUAUUUCAAUUUAUCAAUGUCAAUUUAACGUCAGUAAACCGUUGUACUAAGGUUGCAUUUUGGUUGAAAAUUAGGUCGAGUCAAACUCUAUUUAGCAGUCAUUUAGUUUUGAUCACUUUACGUCAACCAUUCAUAACUACCUUUUAAAGUUUAAAAAAAUCAGUGUAAAUUUAAAAUAGUGGAGUCCACAAUAUCGACAGCCAACUAUGACAAUAGGAAUACAGAGGAAUGAUAUUGUUGGGAUCACUCGGCGAUAAAAUGAUCGGCGUCCAUUUCAGGAUGUCCAGGAUGCUUGAAACCGAUAUUACAGACAAUACAGAAAAUUGUAUUUAAAGGGGCCAUGGCACAAGACUUUUUUAAGAUGUCAAAUAAAUCUUUGGUGUCCCCAGAGCACAUAUGUGAAGUUUUAGCUCAAAAUACAAUAUAAAUAAUUGAUUACAGCAUGUUAAAAUUGCCACUUUGUAGGUGUGUGCAAAAAUGUGCCGUUUUGGGUGUGUCCUUUAAAAUGCAAAUGAGCUGAUGAAAUUCAAACACUGAUCACAAUGAUGGUGGUUUGUUGCAAUUAAAACUCAAUUGUGCUUUUCUCUGCACUAAAUGGCAGUGCUGUGGUUGGAUAGUGCAGAUUAAGGGGUGGUAUUAUUAUGACAUCAUAAGGAGAGCCAAAUUUCAACAAACUAUUUUUUCAUGUGCUUGUAGAGAAUGGUUUACCAAAACUAAGUUACUGGGUUGAUCUUUUUCACAUUUUCUAGGUUGAUAGAAGCACUGGGGACCCAAUCAUAGCACUUAAACAUGGAAAAAGUCAGAUUUUCAUGCCUUGGCCCCUUUAAAAGAUGACUUUCUUAGCAGAGUGGGGUCAUCUAAAUCCAUCUUUGUGACUGUAAAAGUUACUAACAUAAAAUUAAAGUUAACAUUAUAGUCCAUUAGCGUAGCUGUUACUAUGAUUAUCAUUAUAGUAUCAUUAUCAUCCAUAGUGUGAACGGCCCCUUAAAUUUCUUAAAUGUCAGGAUGGAGUCGGCAUGAGAUAUUUUGAUCAUUUUACAGCACAGUAUUCUACAUUAAAAUGACGAUGGCAUUAUUAAAAUGACGUGACAUCACAACGUGAAAUCAACCAAAUUUCAACGUCUUUGUGACCUGCUUGGCUGAAUUUGCUCAGACAUAUGCCAGUUUAUAACAUCCAUUAUUUAUUCAUCAUUUAAUGAUUUACUGCCCCCACCAUCACUUCAUUUACCCAUGCAUGGUACAGCGAUAUACCAGCGCAUGCACUGUCUGGCGAGUUUGGGUGGUUUGUGAAUAAGACAGAAGGUUGCGCUGAAAAAAAAAUGAAUCCCUCAUCCAGGUUGUAUCUUAGAUCAUUGGAACCCAUUGCUGAGAAAACAGGGUGUUUGUGAUCUUUUCUAAUCUUUGUAUGUAUGUAAAAUAACGAAAGACAAUAUCUUAGUGACUCCUCAUGGCUUAGCCUUGCCUGUAACAGUGUUUCCUGCAUACUAGAUACAGUAGCCUCUCCCUUUAGGAAACACAGGCUGCAGUAUAGUGCUCGGCUAGCGUAUACUCCUUGUCUAUAGGGAUGCACUUAAUUCAUCAAUCACUUUUGAAUAAGAGAGCUGACAAUCUCGUUCUCACCUCAGUGAGGUGCUAUACAGCAAAAGAGAUAAACACAGAGCUCUCCGCAAGUAAUGGCAACAUUUCCUAUUAGGUGAUGUGACACUACAUGCCUACAUCGGUGUAAAUUUGUGGAUGGCUGUGUUCGGAAAGGAAUACGACUACUGUAGUGUACUGUACUGCAUACUACACAGUACACACUAGAUCCAUACAAAGGUAUGCUUCAGUGUCGUCACAUUAAAAUCUCAGAAAUUGUCUUCAUUUUAGGUAGAUCGAUCGAAAAUGUUUGACUACUAUAUUGAUUCUGAUUGAAAAUCAAGUUAAGUUUAAUGGAUUGUGAAAUACAGUUUCUUUAAAUUUUUAUAUAAAAUAUUUUAGGUCAUCUGUUUCUCUUUUCAUAAAAAACACUAUGCCCAGCAUAUUAUUUUACUGUCUGGUAUGGUAGUGUGCUUUUCCGAACACAGCCACAGUCUGAAAACUGGGAGCAUUGUAACGGAAGAGAAGAAUUAUGCAAAGAAACGGCACAGGAAACAAUAUUCUUGUUAAACCAAGGGAACAACUGGAUCAUUUAUCUCAAAUCUUACCAUAAGAGAGUAUUGUACUGACCUGUGCUAUGUUUGAAUGCCAUUGGCGGCCAGGGAAAGCACUUUAUAACGGUGUGUGUGGUGUCUGAAUGAGCAAGUAAAUGUAGAAGCUGUGGGAAGUAAAUGCUUUUUUGCGCCGUUUAACAGUAUGAAUCUUUAAUCAACUGAGAACAAAAAAGACAUGUUUGCCUAAUCUUUUUACAGUAUUUAAUUAAAGCGUGUUGGAUUUUGUAAAACUGA